CUCUGCUGAAAGCUCAUGAGGGGGAAGGGGCAUAGCAGCAGGCCCUCAGCAGCUGAUCCCAGUUACCCUAAAUAUAGACUCCAGGAACUAAAAGUAGCCCACCAGUAAAAGCAGAGCUGACAUUUGGCCAGCUGGUGUGUAGGAGACACAAGAGAAAGACCUCAUCUGUGUCCUUUUAAAUCUGGUGAUCGAAUUUGGUGAUAUCCUACAAACCAUCAAAAUGCCCAAGAUUGUAAGACCUGACAACUGUCAACCAGCUAAAGCUCUGUGGUUUGACCGAAAGAAAUAUGUCACCAUCAACUUCAUGGUGCAGAACAGCAGAGAGCUCCAAGUGGAUAUACAAGAAAACAAAAUGAUUUUAAGCUGCAAAUCAGAAGACGAUGUCAACAUCUACAAUGAAAUUUACUUUUAUGACCGGGUGCAAAUCCACGACUCCCGCGAGAGGCGACAUGAGCGCACCAUCAAUGUGAUCCUGAGAAAAAUAAAGGAAAAUGAUGCAUGGCCUCGUUUGACCAAGGAUCCUGUCAAGCCCAGCUGGUUGUCCGUGGACUUCGAUAACUGGAGAGACUGGGAGCAGGAGGAAGAAGAAGGCAUGGCACAGUACGGGGAUUACAUGGAUAUGCUCAAAAAUAUGACUAAGAAAGGAGAACCACCUGCAAUGGAUGACCUUGAUGACUUGGAUUUUGUCACCACUGUGGUGUCCUGUUCUCCCUGUGAACUGAGCCUGGAGAGAGCCAGUGGCAAGAAGGAGAAGGUGAAGGGCUUCGAGGUCAUCCUGAAGGACACAGUUCUCUUCCCUGAAGGAGGUGGUCAGCCAGAUGACCGCGGGACACUCGGGGGAGUACCGGUCCUGAGAGUGACCAGGAGGGGGGCAGAAGCUGUGCAUUUUGUGGCCUCUGCAGUGGAGGUUGGAUCCAGCAUCCAGCUGAAGGUCGACUGGGACCGCAGAUUUGACCACAUGCAGCAACAUUCAGGUCAGCAUCUCAUCACAGCCCUAGCGGACAGUACGUUUGGGUACAAGACCACUUCCUGGGAGCUUGGACGUCAAUACUCGACGAUCGAGCUCAAUACGGCUAUGGUGAAGGCUGGAGAAGUGGAGGCCCUGGAGAACGCUGUCAAUGACAAGAUCCGAGCCGCUGUUCCCAUCACUAUAGAGCUGCUCUUUCUGGACGACCCCGCUGUUCAACAGGUGAGAAGCCGUGGUCUACCAGACGAUCAUUCUGGACCCAUUCGAAUAGUCAACAUUGAGGGCAUGGAUUCCAAUAUGUGCUGUGGAACCCAUGUGUCUAACCUCAGCCACCUGCAGCUCAUAAAGAUCCUUGGGACUGAGAAAGGAAAGAAGAACAAAACAAACCUGAUAUUUAUGGCUGGCAACCGAAUUCUGAAGUAUGUCGAGAAAAGUUACAACAGAGAACGAUCACUGACAGACCUUCUCACGUCUGGAGUAGAUGACCAUGUCGAGGCUGUUGAGAAGCUACAGAAUGCUGUCAAGGGGCUGCGAAAGAGUAACCUGAACCUUUUGCGAGAUAUGGCUGUGCUCAUAGCGCAGAAUUUCAAGAGUGAUCCAAACAGGGGGAACCUGUUCUGCUUACACAGGAAGGAUGGCGAUGCUGAAUUUAUGAACAUCAUAGCCAAAGAAAUCGGCACUGAGGAUACAAUCCUCUUCCUGACAGUGGGGGAAGAGAGAGGUGCAGGGCUUUUUCUUCUGGCAGGACCUGUAGAUGUUGUAGACAGGUUGGGACCCAGGGUUGCUGAGCUGCUGGAAGGGAAAGGAGCAGGGAAGAAGGGCCGCUUCCAGGGGAAGACCAGUUGCAUGGGGCGGAGGGCUGGGGUAAAAGCCCUGUUGCAGGAGCACAGUCAAAACCUCAGGCUGUGAAAGGAGAGGGCAGCAGGAUGGUGGUCCAGUACUGCAUCACUGCCUAUGCUGCAUUGCCAAGAAGCACAGACAGAAUACAAGUAUGGACAGGCACUGGCACACACUCCAUACAAAUAUUGCCAGACAUUCAGCUUGUCUUUAUAAGGUAGCAGAGCAAAGCUGUACAUCUGAGAACUAGUGAUGCAGAAGAGAUAAAAAGAAAACCAAGGGAAAAAGUUAAGUUUGCAAACUGUAACCAAGUAAGCUAAGCGGAAAGUGAGGAGAGGAAAACGGGAAAACUCCCAAUGUGAGGAAGGACAUUGAGAGUUUGUACAUUGUCUCAAAUUUACAUUUAUAUGUACAUUUAUUCAUUUAGCAGAUGCUUUUCUCCAAAGUGACAUUUCAUUUUCUAAGAUCAUCUCAUUUUAUAGAAAAUUUCUAUGCAAAUUUAACACAUGAAGGUUGAUGCUGCUGUGAAAUAAAGGAUACAGUGAAAUGCAGACACAGGCUCAGAUAACACUAAGACUGCAGGAAACAAACAUAGAUUUCAGAAUUAGAAUCAGAAUGAGCUUUAUUGCCAAGUAUGUUUACACAUAUAUGGAAUUUGUUUUGGUGACAA